AUGAACUUGACGUGUAGACGCGCUCUACACGUCAAGUUUGCCCCUCGCUGUCGGUGGGAGCAGAAGCGGCUGCUGGUGAGCAGUGGGGCGAAUGUAAGCGUCGAGUGCGCAGUGGACGCUCACCCGCCCCCUACGCGCUUCUCCUGGAGCCUCAACACAAGUCAGGGCGUGACGAUCCUCAAGCCUGACGCCGCGGUUCGUACGUCAGGCGGCGUGUCUACCAUCACGCGUACGACACCUUCAGACCUACUGCAAGAAGAGCUGUUGUGUUGGGCGUCCAACGAAAUAGGCACGACCAGCAAGCCUUGUGUCACGCAACUUGUUGCUGCUGGUGAGGGAUAA